CUCAACUCAAACCAAAACAAUAACAAACAAGCCGGCUAAAAGCGGACUCACGGCGGUGCGUGGUGGAGCAAUCAAUUUGUUACUUCCGGUCCAAUUGAACGAUUAACACAGCAGCGCGAUGGAAAUUUUGGACGCGAUCAUCACGGUGGUGAUGAUCUGUCUGGCCAUCUACUUCUACCUGGACAAGAAGCACUCGUACUGGGCCGAUCGGAGCGUCCCACACGUUAAGCCGGAAUUAUUUUUCGGCAAUAGUCGAACGCUGUCCCGGACGGAAUCGUUUGCCAUGAUGUUUCAACGGUUUUACCGUGAGCUGAAGGGUUUAGGCCCAAUCGGCGGUGCCUAUUUAUUCACCAGACCAGUAGCCGUGGUGACCGAUUUGGAGCUGUUAAAAUGUAUCUUCGUGAAAGACUUCCAGUUUUUCCAUGACCGUGGAACAUACUUCAACGAAAAGGAUGAUCCACUUUCGGCGCACAUGUUCAAUCUGGAAGGAAGCAAGUGGAAAACUCUCCGAAAUAAGUUAUCACCGACGUUCACUUCGGGAAAAAUGAAAAUGAUGUUUCCGACUAUCGUGGCAGCUGGGAAGCAGUUUAAUGACUUCAUGGCAGAAAAUGUUAAAAAAGAGAGUGAGUUGGAAAUGAAGGAUCUUUUGGCGAGAUUCACGACAGAUGUCAUAGGAAUGUGUGCUUUCGGUAUUGAAUGCAAUUCAAUGAAGGAUCCGAAUGCACAGUUCCGUGUGAUGGGAAGGAAACUGUUCCAAUCAUCAACCGGCAAAGUUAACAGAUUCCUGAUGACUGUUGUUCCGGAACUAGCACUAAAGUUAGGAGUUAAGACUACAAAGUCGGAGGUUUCCAAUUUCUUUAUGGCGGCUGUUCGAGAGACCAUCGAUUAUCGUGUGAAGAAUAAUAUUCAAAGAAACGACUUUAUGGACUUACUGAUUCAGAUGAGAUCUCCAGAUGAGCAUAAAAGUGACGGUGACCUACUUUCUUUCAAUGAGAUUGCUGCUCAGGCAUUUGUAUUCUAUAUUGCGGGCUUUGAGACCAGUUCGACACUGUUAACCUGGACGCUCUACGAGCUGUCAGUGAAUCAAGAAAUUCAAACGAAGGGACGCCAACAUGUUCAGGAGGUACUUGGAAAACACGGCGAACAAAUGACUUACGAAUCCGUGAUGGAUAUGAAAUAUCUGGACCAAAUUUUAAAUGAGGCCCUCCGAAAGUAUCCACCAGCGCCUGUACAUUUUCGUACAACCAGCAAAGACUAUCAGGUGCCGGAUUCAAAAACAGUGAUCCAAGCCGGAACACGAUUGUUCAUCCCGGUCUUUGGCAUUCACCGUGAUCCGGAUAUUUUCCCCGAUCCGGACCGUUUCGAUCCCGAACGGUUUAGCCCGGAAGAGGUACAAAAACGGCACCCGUACGCGUGGACUCCUUUCGGCGAGGGUCCCAGAAUAUGCAUCGGGCUUCGGUUCGGUAUGAUGCAGGCACGCAUUGGGUUGGCUUACCUGUUGAAAAAUUUCCGAUUUUCGAUCGGUGAAAAGUGCACCGUUCCACUCGAAUUUGACGUCAAGAGCUUCAUAGUGGCCCCAAAAGGAGGUCUGUGGCUCAGAGUAGAGAAAAUAAAAUAA